AUGUCCUCUCCACCACCAUCUUCCUCACCCUCUUCAUCUAUUCGGACCAACCGCCGCAAAGGCUACAUAAAACCCCAAGAAACUCCCUUUGCCAACUCUGCCCGCUCACGCUCAUCCGUGAUGGCUUUAGGAAGCAUCCAGCAUCUUCAGCACUUUUUCGCGAAGUCGACACGGAUAUUUCGGGGGACGUACAAACCCCAGAAGUCUUCCUCUUUAGCCAGCACUCCUGAUCGGGGAAGGGAUUCGGCGUACGCCUCCCUCAUCGGCUCCUCCGACAUCAUGUCCUCACCAACCUGCUACGCCUCCUACGACGACGUACAAGAAGAGUACGAAGACGAGAAUGAGGAGAGCAAUGCUGAGAGCGAUGACGAGGUACCUUUACCGCCGGAGGAGAAGAGGGUGGAGCACCCACCGCCACUGGCCGCUGAGCUCGCGCCGGGGAGGUUUAGACAAGAUCUCAUCCAUGCUCUCGAUCUGUGCAAGUCGGCGUGGUUUCCGUCGUCACCGCCCACCGCGACCGCUGAGAAUACCGAGGAAGCAGAGAAUGAAGUGGAGGAGUCGGAGGAUAUGGGAUUAGUUCGCCUCGCCAUCUCCGCAAUCCGCGCAGCUCGUACGUACUCCCGCCACUCAACGUCUCCCUUCCCCGGAAUCGACAAACCCUCCCUCGAUACACUGGCCGUACUCCAAGGAAUCGCAGUCCGCGACGCGAACCCACCAAUCAACUCGGUUGAACGGGAGAGCGUGAAGACGUGGAUCGAGGGAAUCGAGGCGAGACUUGCAACGGAGAGCGUAAGCCUCGGAGCUCUCCCGUCCCGAGAGGAUUUCGACGACAUUCGCCACUGGUACAAAGCCGUCAUCCUCCACUUCCUCCCCCAGGGUCUUCCACCCAUCCCGCCCCAAUGCUUGGGCGGAGGGAUAUCGUACGCGAUGUUCGAUUACGGAGAUGUCAGACAGACAUUCGAUCCCCUCCUCGCCGCCCUCGUUACGGGUCUCCCCCUCAUCCACGCCCAUAACACGGCAACCACACUCUCUUCCCGCCCGUUCGGUUUAAUAACACGAUAUCAUCCCAUCCCCGACCUCCCGUAUCGGCGGUCCGAGAAUCUUACGUAUUGGUCCAAAGCGUUGGAGGAGAGGUGGGGGGUGCCUAUGAUGCACGGGGGUUGGAAGAUUGAAAAAGUGAUAAAGGCAGGAGAAGAGGACCGUGGGAAAGGAGAGCGGAUGUUGUGGAUGAAGAUUGGGAUGUGGGUUGAGGCUGUUGUUGAGGAAUUUACCCGACCUACGACCGAUUGA